UGCUUCAUGCUUGUUCAGUCUCCCCAGUUAUCUGUAUUUCUCUAGUAGCUAGCAUUCUCUCUCUCUCUCUCUCUCUCUCAGUUAGUUUAAUUGGGCUUGUUUAGGUUUCAUAUAUAUAUAUAUAUAUAGUUUUGGUGAAGAUGGGAAGGCAACCAUGCUGUGACAAAGUGGGGUUGAAGAAGGGGCCAUGGACAACUGAAGAGGACAAGAAGCUCAUCAACUUCAUCCUCACUAAUGGCCAAUGCUGUUGGAGAGCUGUUCCUAAACUUGCAGGACUGCUAAGGUGUGGUAAGAGCUGCAGGCUGAGAUGGACAAACUAUCUGAGACCAGACUUGAAGAGAGGUCUUUUAUCGGACUAUGAAGAGAAAAUGGUUAUUGAUCUUCAUGCUCAACUUGGAAACAGAUGGUCCAAGAUUGCUUCUCAUCUCCCUGGAAGAACUGAUAAUGAGAUCAAGAACCACUGGAAUACCCACAUCAAGAAGAAGCUAAGGAAGAUGGGGAUUGAUCCUCUCACCCACAAGCCACUUCUCACUCCGACUAUUGAUCAACCAACACAUCAUCAACUAGUACCACCUUCUUCUAUAACUUGUGAAACUAUUGAAAUAGGUACUGAUAAUUACAAGGACAUAGAGACAUCACUGUCAUCUAUUAUUAAUAUUACAAAUGAUGAUGAGGUCAAUAAAGAGGAAGAUAAAAUCAUGGAAAGCUCAUUUGAUUAUUCAUCAAUGGAAAUCAACAAUGGGUUUUGCACAGAUGAAGUCCCAUUGAUUGAACCACAUGAGAUUCUAGUCCGUUGUAGUACUACUCCGUCUUCGUCAUCGUCAUCAUCUUCUUCUUCAUCAUCCAAUAAUAUUAAUCACGAUCAAGACUUGGAGUUACCUACUUUUGACUGGCUUUGUGACUUCACCAAUGGAAUGGGUUCUUGGGAUAUUGAUGACUUCACCAAUUUUGAUUUGCUGUUUAAUGAUGAGAGCGACACACAACUGUUGAAUCCCUCACUCCAGAUAUGGUCCUGAAUCAAGAAUCUUGGAAAUUUAAUUUCUUGUGAAUUUCGAAAUUUAUUUAUGGUGUAUGUUACACGGGGGCUGUAAGGUAAAUUCGGAUAUGUGCAAUCAAACCAUAUUGCAUGUAUGCUGUUUAGUUGUUAAAAUAUUGAAUAAUUGUCAAGAAUCAGUGCAAAAAGCUGAUCGCUUGUAUAAAUAUUCUUUUCAAGUUUCUGUUGUCU